AUGGCCUGGCCACCGCUUCCACCAGUUAGUCCCAAGAAGAAAGUGGAAACGAAAGAGAAAUCUCCAGAAGAGCAAGAAAAGGAGUUUAAAGAGAAAAGAAAAGAGGCCAGGACUAAGUUAGAGGGAGAAAUCAAGAAGGUAAAGGAAAAGCCCGUAGAGGAUAGAAAAGAAAAGUAUGAGAAAAAAACCGACGGUACGGUUGAACAGUGGCUUGCAAAAUCCUGUGCCGUAGAAACUGGUAUAAAGUUGCUGUAUGAGGAAGCAAAGGCAAAAGUAAACACCGUUAAGGACAAAGACCGCAAGAAGCACUUUACAACCGAGUUGGAAAAGAUCAAGAAAAAUGUCGAUACUGUAAGCAAGGACAUUGAAGAAAUUAAGAAAGUUAUGACUAGUGAGGAUCCAAAACUCAUAGAAAAGGCAUUGGGAUACUUUUUAGCACAUUACAGAAUCCGUUCUAUGGUCAAGACCGAUGUUACGGACCUCAUCUUAGAGAUUGAUAGAGAACAGGGAACCGGUGAUGAUGUUAUAAAUACUCUGGAUAGGUACCUCACUGUAUUGAAAAAUUCUGCCUUGGAUAAGUGA